AUGUUCGAAUAUUUUCUAAGUCAUUGUAAAUAUAUUUGGGUAUCCACUGUUUUGGAAUCUAAUUUGCGAUUCGAGAUCCAAUACUCGAUUCAGAACGUAAUAUAUAAUUUUUCGUUUUGCUUUUUUCGCAGCGUGUAAAAAUCAGAAGCAAAAAUUAUAUUCUCAAAUCGAGCAUCGGAUCUCAAAUCACAGAUUAAAUCGGAAAAUAACGAAUACCCGAAUGUACUUAUAUACAUCGACACAUUCGGAGUCCCAAUGCAAAUUCAAAAUAAAUCGAAUGAGCCACUUUGAAUCGAUAAUUUCGGGUACCCGCGCGUCCCUAAUUAUUGCAGAGCCACGGGGCAGCGUGCGUCCGAACGUACGCGACAAGGACGUGAACGGACUGAAGAGGGACAUCCUAAUCGAUCGAAUGGCGGCUCGUGGACGUUCCAAGGACGUUGGUGGUGGCUCUGGACUGUACCACUCAGGGAUCUCCUGUCCCAGUGACAAGGUACUCCUCUCCCUUUCUCGGAGAACACGUUACGAUCGCGUUUCAGAGGGCACGAACAAGAUAGCCCCGCGUUCCUCGGGCAAGAAAUUCGAAAGGGAGGUGGUACUGGCUGCUAGGGGUCAGGAUAUCGCGUUGAGCCACUCGCUGCAGGGAUUCCCCGUACCCCUGGCAAGGUAG